GGCCAAAUGGGUCAUUCAGUCGUCUCUGCAGAUCUGAACGGCAAACGGAACCUCGUUGGAGUUCUAAGCUCGAUUUAAGCGGAUUUCAUCUGUUCUUGUGAUUUUCCUAUUCGCACCGUACAGUAUGGCUGCACCCAUUGAAUGUAAGGCGGCUGUGGCGUACGGUUACAACCAACCGCUUUCAAUAGAGAUGAUAACUGUUGCACCACCAGAGGCAGGUGAAGUUCGCAUUAAGAUUGUUGCCACGUCCCUCUGCCACAGUGAUGCACAUUUCGUGUGGCGGGAAAUGCCCAAAGAUGCGUACCCUUACGUUCUUGGGCACGAGGCUGCAGGCAUCGUUGAAAGCGUUGGCGAAGGUGUGACGUCAGUCAAGCCAGGAGACAAGGUUGUGCCGUGUUUCUUGUGCCAAUGUGGAGACUGUAGAUACUGUAAGGAUCCAAGGACGAAUCUAUGUGAGCAAUUUCCUGAAGAAAUUGGGUACUUCGAUACCUACGCAACCGGCCAUUCAUCCCGUAUCACGCUCAAAGAUGGCAAUCAAGCGCGUCAGUUUAUUGGAACAAGCACCUUCAGCGAAUACACAGUAAUUCCUGAAAUACAGGUGGCUAAGGUCCGUGAUGACGCUCCUCUAGAAACUGUCUGCCUCCUCUCCUGCGGUAUUCCCACCGGAUACGGGGCGGCAGUGAACGUGGCCAAAGUCCAGGCAGGCUCCACAUGUGCAGUCUGGGGACUUGGUACCAUUGGACUGGCUGCCGUCAUGGGAUGCAAGGCAAGAGGGGCCAAGACGAUCUUCGGUGUCGACAUCAACCCUGACAAGGAAGCAAAAGCUCGUGAACUUGGGAUCACCGAGUUCCUGAACCCCCUAGAUUACGAUAAGCCAAUCCAAGAGGUGAUCAAAGAGAAGACAGAUGGUGGACUUGAUUACGCCAUCGAGUGUAUUGGAGCUGCUAAGUGUGUGGAAGCCGCUUUGGAAUCGGUUCGCCGCGGCAUAGGACUGGCUGUGGUUGUUGGACUUGCCGAGUCAAAGCUGACCCUUAGCGUGGACAACUUCUUAAUGGGAAAGACGCUUCAUGGCUGUUACUAUGGAGGAUACAAAAGUCGUGACAGUAUCCCGAAGUUGGUAGAUGAGUUCAUGGCGGGUAAUCUGAACCUAGAUGCCUUCAUCAGCCACAGAAUGGACAUCGACGAUAUAAACAAGGCCUUUGAUCUUUUAAAGGCAGGGACCAGUUACCGAUCGGUCAUGACCUUUGGCAAGUAAAAUCCGAAGAAGGAAUGUUGAGCGAUGACAACAGAUCAAAAUAUCUUCUGUUUUAUAUAUAUUUUUAUUCGUACUCAACAAAGACUAAGUACAAUCAGUACAUGAAAUGGCGCAUGGUGGAGUGCAGUGCUGUUACAAAUUGUUGCCCAACAAGCAUAUAAUUCAGUCGCGAGAAAGGUCUUUCGAUCUGGGAUGAAGCACCUUUGCCAGCGUUAAAACGCUCCUUACUUAUGUUUUAUUUACUUAUUUACCUAAAGUAAAACUAGACAUGGAUAUGUUGCACGCGCCUAGUGCUAAGCAUAGAGGUGAUGGGUUUGAUGUUAAGGGCAAUCUUUCUACAGUGUUUAAUAAAGUCGCUCGACAGUUCAGUUGA